UCAAGUAAAAUAAAAAAAAAAUGACUUCUUCAAAGCUAAGGCAUUCUUGUUCCUUUCCAAUUCUUCUACUUUCCUUUCUUAAUUUCAUCCUCUUUAUUCUCUCCGCGGCGUCUAUAGGUCCCAUUGUUUUCCUCAAAACUCCGCCAACUUCACUUGGUUGGUCAUUCCUCAUAGUCUCUUCCAUUUCACUUCUUUCAUGUUUCAUUGGUUUCUACUCUCAACUAACUCAUUGUUGUUUCAUAACUCACCUCUCCCUCCUCAUGGCAUCGUGUAUCGGUCAAUUACUUGGCAUUUUAGCCUUGUUCACUAAGGAAAAAUCGAGUCUUUUGAUGUUGAAAUCACCAAGGGAUCCUAGAGAAGCAAAGGUUUUAGUGAGAUUGGAAUGUGGGGUUUUGAUGUCUAUGUUUGUGAUGCAAAUAGGAGUGUUGGUUGUGACUUGUGCUGUGCAGAGUUGUUGGGUGAGAGAUUAUGAAAGUGUUGAAGCAGAGAGGGAAGCAUGGUCAAGGAAGAGGAAUCAAAGGAUUGCUAAGGUUCAACAAGAGUGUAUGGAAAAUGCAAAUAAGAUAUGUGAAAUGAAAGAUAAGGAGUUUGAUGAUAAGAUUAAGAAUAAUUAUGGACAGUGGGUCAAAAAUGAUUUUGAAGGCUAAAUAUGAAUUUCUUAGUCACUACUAGGUGGCUAGCCAUAUUUGGGAUUUUGUGGUUGUGUUUUAUUAGUGUAAAACCUUGUUACAACUUCUUUUUAUCUUUGAUGUAAAAUGUGUUCCAUUUGAUUAUGCACUUUGUUUGCUCUCAUCAAAUUCCAGUCUCUAAUACAUUCAGAAUUAUUAUCGA